ACUCAGUUCAACACCCUUCCAUCCUAGUUGGUCCUGUUUCUUAUCGCAUCUGAUUCAAGAGUAUUCCCCCCACUCCCUCGGAAUGGUUGCUAAGACUAAUCCCGGUGGCCCCGGUAAUACUGCUCUCGUACCGCGCCGGAGAUCCGGGGGGAAGAGAUCAGCCACGGGCUGUCGCCAAAUUACCAGGAUUCGUCACAAGAAAUGUGACGAAGCCCCGGGUGGUGCAUGCUACAAUUGUACUUCGACCGGUCGACGUUGCGAUGGAUACGACCUGUCUCGCUUGCCCCGUGCAAGCAAAAACAGAACACUAGAUCUCUCUGAAACAAAGCUCGUUCCGGGUCUAACCGUAGGUCUGCACCGGAUGAUGAACCGGGAUGAACAGCGGUGCUUUGCUUACUUCCAAUAUCGCACGAUGCCCGCCAUGGUGGGCUUCUUCGAUUCAUCCCUGUGGCAGAAACUCAUCCUUCAGAUUAGCCACGACGAUGCUGCAGUCUAUCAUGCCGUGGUCGCUCUCAGUGCCUUUCAUCAAGACUCCGAGAGACAAGGCAUGCCGUUGCCGAAGGAGGACCUGGGCAACACGUGGCAUCGGUUUGCGCUGGAGCAGUCGGCCCGGUCGUUCGCGCUCCUCAGCACGCGACGGGCUUCGCAUGAUCCUCGACUGCGCGAAGUGACCCUACUGUGCUGCUUGGUCUUUGUUCUGCUGGAAUGGCUGCGGGGUCAGUAUGACAAGGCCUUCGAGCAUCUGCGAAGCGGUGUCCAGAUCCUCAAGGAACUCGGUGUCACGCUGACGGAAGAUGACCUAUCGUCUACCCGGGCGGUUCCCAUCGACCACUGUCUGGUCACUCAAUUCGCAUACUUGGAUACGCAGUCCAUUCAGUUUGGGGAGCAAAACUCGCUCGUGGGCGAUAGAAGUGGGCCAGGCCCUGACCAACCGCAUCUGAUCGAUACCGACACCCUUACAUUGCAGAGCAUACCCGAUGCGCGUCAGGCACUAAACCACAUCCUCGGACCGGUAAUGAACCUGUCCAAUUUCGCCCAAGCCCUAUCGCCUGAACAGAUCGCGGCGAGAUACGAAUCUCUCUACCUCGAGCAGUGCAAGCUCUGCGCCGAAGUGGACCGAUUCUCCCGGGCCUUCGACCACUUCCGCCGCGCAAAGCACGCCGAGCUGAGCGCCAAAGAACAACGCGGCGCGGACCUCAUCCGCCUCCAUCAGGCAACGGCAUCAUUACUUCUGGAGACCUGUUUCUUGAAUGGGAAUGACCCCCGGUUGGACGUAUAUUCUGCCGACUUUGAGCGGAUCCUGGCCCUCGUGGAUGGAGUCAUCGACGCGUUCCCCGACCGCCCGAGUGUCUGCCUGGACAUGGGUGUCAUCCCACCCCUUUUCUUCGUGGCCACCGGUUGCUCGAGCUACAGGCUGCGCAGGCGGGCGAUUCAAGCUCUACGCGCCUGGCCGCAUCGCGAGGGCCCGUGGGACUCCAACCUUGCCGCUCGCGUCGCGACCGAGUCCAUGGAGGUGGAGGCUAUGCUUCGAGCGAGCGCCAGUCCGCUGCCGCUCGCCAAGGACGCGUAUAGCCUCGGAGGGGACAUUUUCUCGUUGCGGGGGAUCUUUGUGUCCGUUUCCGAGGAUCAGAGCCAUACGCGCAUGUCGUACUACGUGGGCGAUGAGUGGAUUGAGCGGUGGUUUCGGCGCGAUCAGACGUGAGAAGCCACAUUGCUUGAUCCAAGAUUGUCGCGGAUGCAAGCGUUUUUCUUGCCCUCGGUGGCUAUACCCCAAGUGUUCAGUUUGCUCUGUUACUUCACGUGGAUCUCUGGUCGGGCUUGGACAUGGUUUCUGAACAGCAGAAAGUCAAAAUUCAUUGGUCUUAUGCAUUCGUUAUCAUCAAGUCUAAAGUAGUAUCAAACUACAUCACGCUUUAAUAGUCUUCCGUCUACCAAUCAACGCUGGAAGGUCCUCGACCUUAGCAGUGCCCUCGAGAAUAUCUGUGACAUGUUAGCAUGAACCAGUCAGACCGGUCACACAGCAGAGAGACAUACCAUGGACGGCAACAAACAAG